CAUUACGCCAUCGAUUCGGUCUAUCGUAUCCCUAUCAACAUCGGUUUCCGUCAUCUCGCGAGCUCGUUCGAUUCGCACUUGAGAGAAAGCGUGAGCUCAAGAAGGCCUCCUGGCCUUUCGUUGAUCUUCGUCCUUUUACGGGCCUACAGCUCGUCCUAACUUUCUCGGUCGUCUGAUGCAAUCUCGUUCUGAGUGACAACUCCGUGCGUCGUCAUCGUCCUGCUCCGUGCACUAAUCGAGGUGCCGGCUUCCCUUGCAAAAAACCAAGACCUCAGCGAUUACCACUUGGCUUCAAAAGUAAUGAGAUUGAAAUUAUGAAGCUGAAAACUCACUCAGUUUUUUCUGUAACACCCACCAAAUCGAAUACAUUACUCCUUCUGCCCCCAGAGCAUCAAAUUGCUUUCUUAAGUACUCAAAUAAAAAGAUGUGACUUCUCCCGAUUUUAUUCUGAUAUUGGUCAAAGGUGGUACGCGAGAUUGACGCAUUGAAAUAAGAAUAAGUACCAGUGUGUAUUGCAGGACGAGGCGAAGUGUAACGUUAAUAAUUGUACUUACAAUUUACAACCUCUAGCUGCAACCAUUACUCGAGCGACGGAUCUGCUUGAGCGAAAGUAUUCCGUUGCUUGAGCGAAAGGUAUUCCGAGGCAACCACCAAGCUAGUUGCUUGGCCUUCAGCCUAUUUCUUAUUUUCACGAUUUCUACACCGCGCAUCAGUUCUGUUGUUUUCGUUUUGUCAGACCGACGCAUUGACAAACACGCUGCACCAGAACAGUUUUGAUGUUCGAGAGAGAAUAUUAAGGCAACUUACUUCUUCCGACGAGCACCAGCAGCUAGGACCAGUCAGUUUCAUUGAUCUUCUAGGAAAAGGACGCAUAGUAUUCGUUUGUUUCUAGUUCUGCGAAGCCAGCAUGCCUUCCCCAACUAAUGCGACACCACGAAGUGCGCGGGACCAGCACGAGCGCGAGAAGAUGUUAAGCUCGCGCGCCGAUGCGAGUAUCGCGGCGGGUCGGCGGCACAGCAUGCGGUGGCGCGUCCUGGCGAUGACCUGUGUGGGCCUCUUAUGGCUUUCUCAAACGCUACGCUGAUCGCUGUUACAUAGUUUUUCUGUUUUUGUCGCACAGAAAAACUAAAAUACACUAGCCCACUGCCACUUCAAACGGACACGAAGAUAAACAUAAAGCAUCGUGCUUGCAUGACAUCAAGGCCCUCGCGAGGACUUGCUCAACAGUAUUGAAGAAAUCUUAUCUAAACACAAAAAAAAUGUACCGGAAGACGCAAAAAACUCUCGGCAGUUUCGCUUUUCCUUUGCAUGACGUCGUGACAGCGAUUCAUGUAAAAACGGUUGAGAACGCUAUAUCUGUUUGGGCAAUUUUAUGCGUACGACAAUCCGUCCACGCUAUUCAACGCCAUGAAACAACGCUUCGGGCACGACGAGCACUUUGACAUCCACUUCAGCAUGCUCUACUCGCUCUACAGCUUCCCCAACAUUGUGCUCCCGCUCGUCUGCGGCAUCCUCAUUGACCGAGUUGGCAUUAAGGUAAAAAGUACAACAUCUUCCACUUUUAUUUCGUUGUUUGCGUAUGACGAAAAUAGAAAUACUAAUUUCAUCAAAGAUUGUUUGCUUGGUGCUUUGUCAGAGCAAAGCGGAUGCUGAGCUGUCAUUCAGCUACGGCUCACUCAUGAUUCGAGGACGACCUCGACUUGCUCACAACUAUUUAUCGAACACAAGAAAAAGAAUGAAGCGUGAUCGUGAAGAUCGUGAAGGAGUGACAAAGACGUUUAUAUUUCAGUAGCAUGCAGCGACGACGAUGGAUGACGAUCACCAUCUGCAUCUCAUCACGAUUAUUCUCUUUAGAAGAGGACUCAGACUCCUGACAGGAGAAAGACACAAACAUAUUGAAUAAUGUGACACUUUUUCUACAACAGGUGAGCGUGCUUGCGCUAGCUACGUGUGUAGUCACGGGUGCGGGACUGGUAGCUUUGGGCUGCAGGGCAAACUCUUGGACACUGAUGCUAUGCGGCCGCGCGCUAUUCGGAAUCGGUGGUGAAAGUCUGCAAGUGGCACAGAACGCACUCCUCUUCUCGUACUACAGUUGAUUUCAGACUAUUUCCAUGCUGUUGCAUUUCUUUUGGUUUGUUUCCUCGCUGCAACUCUCUCCAUGUGGUCGAUUCGGCGCAGAGGAAUACGAAUAUGACGAUAGUGAUAUUAGAUCAGAGGAAAUAACGACGAGAAAGUCCCAGUGUUUUCAAAUCUGUCCUCUACCAGCAUAUGUACUAUUCAUCUUGCGUUCUUUGUGAAAAUGAGGUGAAAAAGCCAACGGCCUUGUCGUCUUCUCUCUAGGUACUUCGAGGGGGCUGAAAUCGCGUUGGCGCUGGGCUUGAAUUUGAGCAUUGCACGCAUGGGAAGCUCGGUGAACGCCAUUGUGACUCCCUGGAUUGCCACACUGACCAACAACGACCCUGUGAUUCCGUUCUUGGUGGGGUUUGUGCUGUGUGCCAUUUCCGGUCUCGCAAACUUCGGGUCCGUCUGGGGCGAGAAGCUGACGAAGGCGGCCGAUGAUGAUGAAGAGGUGUCGCUGGGAAUGAUCACCAGGCUACCCAGGCACUUCUGGUACCUGUGCGCCCUGUGCGUGCUCAUGUACGGGGCAAUUCUUCCCUUCAACAACAUCGCUCAACCGCUGUUCGUGGCAACGUACUCCUUGUUAUCUUCUUUCUCUUUGCAGUAUCAGAUUCAGAAGGCAGCAUGUCGAUAGGAUAGUUGAUUGUCAUUUUGGUUUUUCAACGCUUCGCAGGAAUGUUUCUCAUGCACAGGGUUCCAUCUUCUGUUUGGUUUUCGUGGAUGCAUUGUGCACAAUAAGCGUCACGAAAGAACAACUCCCUCAAGGCUCAUAAAUACUAAAAUCACAGGACCUACAGCAAUGAAGAAGUUGCAGUUGGAAGCGCCCACGCUUCUCGUGCGGCCGCGUGGAUGUUUAUCAUCAGCGCUUUCGCGACCCCAAUUUUCGGGCAUUUCGUUGACAAGUUCGGGCAGAGAACGAUUCUGCUUGCUGCGAGCGCGACCAUUUUGGCGUUUACUCACGGCAUGAUGCUGAUGCUAAGCCCCUACAUGGCCAGCUUUCAGCUCGGCUCCGUCUACACCGUUUUCGCUGCGGCGCUGUGGCCGAGCAUUGCUCUCACGGUCGCGAAGAACUGCCUCGGCACCGCAUAUGGCGUUACGGUCUCACUGCAAAACAUCGGCUUGGCUCUGAUUCCCUUGCUGGUCGGAGACCUACAGCAGCGAACGGUAUAGCUAUUGCAAUUAGAUAAGUUUUUAGUUUAAGAAAAAAAAUGGGAUAACUAAUGGUCGGCAUCUGUUCGCUUCCCUUGUCUUAGUUUGCUCUUCUUGCUGCACAUAUAAUGCUUUAUGCUCUUCUUGCUGCCUUUGGCUGUGCAUUUUGGUCUUCAUUUGAUCAUGUUGCACGAAUUGCUAGUUGAAAGCAAGAGCAAGGAACUGCUUACCCUUUUCAUUUUCUCAGAGUCAGUGUGUGGAUGAAAGUUUGUCUUGGUUUCUCGAACCUGAAGGACAAGAUCAAGAAACACUACAAAGGUCCACAAAUGAGGUACACGAUGUCAACAUGGUCAUCUUAUAUAACAUGGGCAAUAUGAUCCUGAUCAUCAAUUUUGUCCUCUCACUUGUUCCCAUUUCCUUAUCUUGCGUUAUGAAUGGCAUAAAACAGGAGGGGCCAAGCGUGACAGAAGAGCAGAAGCUUGCGGGGUACGGAGAAAUCGAGAAAUUUUUCACGUUUAUCGGCCUCGUCUCUACUGGUAUUGCGUGGGCGCUGCACUUCGAGGCUGGGCCGCUGAGCCCGCUCGUUCUCCCAAGCGGCGCUGCUGUCAAGGGCGCGUCCCCGAGAAGUAGGAAGCAAGAACAUGACGACGUGGAGGACGACAGCACUCUAGGAACGGAGAUCAGACCAAUACUAACUCCGAAGAGUGCGACUAAAAACGCCAUGAUGAAGCAGGGGAACAAAUACGGUGCCGACAGUACCACAGCAUCAGACUAUGGGAGUUCGAGCUCUUGA